AUGCCUAAAUCCAAGCGCGCCAAGGUGGUCCACCUGACCCAGGUCGACAAGAAGGGCAAGGAGCUCACGCUCAAGCUCUUCGCCAACGUGCAGGAGAGCAUCGACAAGUACCAGUAUAUCUUCGUCUUCAGCGUCGACAACAUGCGCAACACCUACCUGAAGAAAGUGCGCGCCGACCUUAGCGAUUCUCGCCUCUUCUUCGGCAAGACGAAGGUCAUGGCCAAAGCCCUGGGCUCCACCCCCGAAACCGCCUACCAGACCAACACGCACCUCCUCGCGCCCUACCUCGCCGGCAACGUCGGGCUCCUCUUCACCGACCGCAGCCCCGAGGACGUCAGCGCGCACUUCGCCGCCAACACGCCUACUGAUUUCGCGCGCGCGGGCACCCCCGCGACCCGCCGCUUCGCCAUCCCAGAGGGCAUCGUGUACUCGCUCGGCGGGGAGGUGGCGGCUGAGGAUGAUGUGCCGAUGGCGCAUGGACUGGAGCCGGAGCUGAGGCGGUUGAACGUGCCGACGAGUUUGAGUAAGGGGAAUAUCACGCUGCAGAAUGAGUAUGAGGUGUGUCGCGAAGGGCAGGUGCUGGAUAGUAGGCAGACGAGGUUGUUGAAGCUGUUUGGGGUUGCGACGGCGGAGUUUAGGGUGCGUGUUGUGGCGUAUUGGAGUGCGGAGAGUGGGACGGUGGAGGAGGUGGAUGGGGAGGCGCCGGAGGAGAUGGAGGAGUAG